UAUCAAGAGUUUUUGCUUAUGCUGUUUAUAGCUGUACAUGCCAAUUAGAAUCUCAUUGGUUGAACAAAAAACUGUCAGAAGCAGAAUUCACACAUUCCACCAUGUGUGAAGAAUAUUAUUUGGUAUUGCUGCUUACAAAUUGAACACAUGUGGUGUUCACAAAUGCAUGAGGAGAUGACACCAUUUCUUACCGCAGUGCACACUUCUACUGCAGCUUCAGUGAUCAGAUGAGACCAUGAAGCUGUUUGGACUCUAUUUCUCUGCUGUCUGGAUAUUGUGCUGCUGCUGCUGCUGUCUUGUCUGUGGCGGAGGUCAUGGUGUGUGUGAAGACAGGAAGCUCAUUACAAGAAUCAGUUUAACAGCAGAACUGCAGUCUGAAAUCCUGCUGCCGUGCCUUUUUGAACCAGCUCUGACUGGAUCAAACCCGACCAUGAAGUUAGGUGCUGUGUGGACUCAGAUUAAUGAAACCAUUAACUACAUUGUAGAGAUCGAAGUAAAUGGUCAUGAAAGCUUCUGGAAUAACAGACGCAAUAGAAUUAAGGCAUUCAGUGCUGCCGCUGCCUCUGGAAACUUCUCCAUCCUGAUUAGAGAUGUGCAGCUGUCUGAUCUGGGUCUCUACCGCUGUGAACUCUUCAGAGACGUCAACUGUUCUCUGGGCUAUAAAGAGAUAGAAAUCAGUGCGUUUUCACUGCACAUUAACUGGCAGCUCGUAGUUGCAGGAGGAGGAGGAGGAGGAGGAGGAUUUCUGCUUCUCUUUAUGAUCACUGUGUGCGUUUACUAUACAUGGACAAAACGUGAGUCUGAUAAAUCUGCUAUGAGACCUGGCCCAGCAGUUGAUGCGCUGACCUACACAACAGUUGUCUAUGAGGGAUUGCCAUGAAAGCAAGGGUGCAUUUAUAUCAUAAUUAAAUACAUUGAUACAGUAGCCUGUCAUUUAUUUACUGUGUGUAAAAUGCAUUGUUUGUAUAACAUAUAAACUCAGCUGACACCGAGACGUACCUUUAUAACAUGGCUGUGUGGGUAGGCAGGCUACAUUUCACAACACAUUUCUAAUUUCCACCCUUAUUUGCCUGAAUAAUUGAAUUAAAACUGCAAAACCAGGGCAUAUCAAUA